AUGGCUCCUGUCAAAGUCCUACUCAAUGGCUGCGGCCGGAUCGGCCGCCUCGCGUUUCGCAUCGCCUGGUCCCAGCCUGAAAUUUUUCAGUUCGUCCACUUGAAUGACAUCGCUGCUGUUGAGUCGGUUGCAUAUCUGCUCAAGUAUGAUUCAGUACACGGCACCUGGGGCCCCGAUGUCUCCGUGGAGGGCAGUACCAUCGUCAUCAAGGAUGGCGACCGCGUUGACCGCAUCCCCUACACCAACAGCAAGGCCAUCGAUGGGAUCACCGUGACCGAGGGCGUUACCGUUGACAUGGUGUAUGAGUGUACGGGAGUUUUCCUCACGCGUGCCAAAAUCGCGCCGUACUUUGAUCAUGUUGGCGCCAAAAAGGUGGUGGUUUCGGCGCCUGUCAAGGACACCCCGCCGGUGCUGAAUGUGGUGGUUGGGUGCAACGAGGACAAGUACAACCCCGCGACGGACCACAUCGUGACGGCAGCGUCGUGUACGACAAACUGCUUGGCUCCGGUAGUUAAGGUGAUCCACGAGAAGCUGGGCAUCGACCGAGGCUGCAUCACCACCAUCCACAAUCUCACCAACACACAGACAAUUGUGGACGCGCCCAACCCCAGGAAGGCGGAUUUGCGCCGAGCCAGGUCCGGUCUUGUCAACCUGGCGCCCACGUCGACUGGGAGCGCGACCGCCAUCGCGCUCAUUUUCCCAGAGCUCAAGGGCAAACUCAAUGGCCUGGCGGUGCGUGUCCCCUUGACCAACGCCUCCAUCACGGACUGCGUGUUCGAUGUGAAGCGCGGGACUACCGAGGCGGAGGUCAACCAGCUGCUCAAGGAAGCCAGUGAGACGUACCUCAAGGGCAUUCUUGGUUUCGAUGAAGACCCCAAGGUCAGUACGGAUUACGUCAACGACCCGCGGAGCUCCAUUGUGGAUGCGGCCUGCACUCAGGUCAUCGACGGCACCAUGGUCAAGAUCUAUGCAUGGUACGACAACGAGUACGGCUACAGCUGCCGUAUGGUGGAUCUAGCCAAGUACAUAGCUUCGCGCAUGUGA